UACACCGGCCUGGAGUUUACAGACCAUCCGGCGUUGAGGCUGAGAGCAACAAGAAGCCUUUACAACCAGCCGGCCGGAUGGUACAUCGAAAGAGACGAACAAAUUUCCAAUGAAGAACAGCCACAGUCAAAUGUCUCGUUCAAGUCACCGACCAGCCUAUCUGGUCAAAAUUCAGCCUCAUCACAGACGGUACAGCCAAACCAGAUCUCCUCGAACCUCGCCGGUCGCUACGACAAUUCUGAACGGAGGGAUGUCUGUCAGUCUGGUAGGGAUGGGGCAAUUUUGGGGACUCGUCAAUGCGGCCUUUCGGAGGUGGACACCGCCAAUUCAACCUCUAACACGCCUGCUCUGUCCCAGAACGGCCCGACGACCAGUCUCUCCGACGACCUUUCUGACAUCUCCGGAGGCUCCAACUUCCAGGCCGAUAGGCCGGUUGAUGUAGGGGAUAGCAACGAGGAGAUCAACUCAACGGAGGUUGGCCGGACCAAUGGUGCUCGGGUUCGGAUGACGAACGGAGACGUUGAAAUAAAGCUUGUACUUGAGAACGAAUUUUUAUCUCCUUAUAUCAUCCGCCCUACCUUUGAACCGUGUUUGCAGGAUAAAAUCACUUCUGCUGCUGAACAUAAGGAAGACUUAAACGAGGUCUUUUAUCAGUUUCAAGAAAUCAACAGCUUUAGUCGUCGCCGCAGCAGCCGUCUUUCGAGCUUGCGACGAAAACGCUUUGAUAAUGGUUUAUCAGUUGGUUCAAAUAGAGCUGGAUCAUCUGCCGGAAGCAGCCAGGAAAAUCAGCGAGAGCGACGCCUCGCGAUCGACAAAGAUGAAUUCUUGUUGACUCCGUCUCGAUCCUCGGCUGAACAGGGGCCCUCUUCUCUUCUAUCUUCUUCCUCCUCCUCCCCAUCUUCUUCACUUUCCACCUCCACCCUCUCGUUGGUGAUCGACACAGUUGCUCCAAGUUGUCCGAGUCCCAUCCUCAGGAAGAAUGAACUGCAACAUACCGAUUGUUUUGCACAACCUAAGGUCCGACUGGAUGGUGAUGACAGCCGAUUGGCAGAAAAGCCGAAAAAUUCAUUCCAAAAAUUCCCUUUUCGAGCGAUAAUUGCAGGCAAAGAGGCGUGGACAACCGACAGCACUAACUUGCCUGAACUGAGUCCUCUGAUGGUUGGCCAAAAAAGCGAGCAAAGUGAACUUUCCCCUAAAACGAAGGAGAAUAGAAAGUUUUUGAUUCAGAAUUGCAGUCAAGGAUGGUCAGCGGAAAACGGCUCCGAUGCUGAUUCAGCCGAUCGACAAUCUCUAAUGACUCAUGAAAGCACCAAAGGGAUCUUCUGCACGAGUGUGAGCAACAAGUCUGAGUUCCAACUGAAUGGUUUGGCAAAGCCUGUCGAAGGUAUAAACGGUAACUGUGAGGCGAUUUGGAUUAAGGGGAAGCAGAAUGAGGUGGCCUCCGAAACGGCUACGGCUGGCCAAACAUGUGCCAAGUCAGCGCACCAACUGACCUCGACAAAAAUGGCCGGGAUGACCUUAAAGGAGCUUUCUUUACAGCCCAAAAAUGGGGUUCUGACAGCACCAAACGGUGAUGAAAUAAACGGAUUCAGUUUCAACGGCCUUAGUGACGAGACGAAAGUGAAGAGGUCCGGCUCAUCAUGGCAGGCCGGACAACUUACCCCAGAGACAGUUGCGUUGGCAACCAGUAGAGACUGCAAGUAA